AUGGCAGUGAAUGGUAUUUCAUCAUCUUCACAGCCACUCAUGCAAAUUUUCACUGGUGAAAAGUAUGAGUUUUGGAGUAUCAAAAUGGAAACUCUUUCCAAAUCACAAGGGGUUUGGGAGCUGGUGGAAGCAGGAUUUGUGGAUCAAGCAGGCUCUGACGAAGAGGCAGAAAAACUGAAAGUGACAAAAAAGAAGGAUGCUAAAGCUUUGUUCUUCAUUCAACAAGCAGUCCAUGAUGCAAUGUUUUCAAGAAUUUCAGUAGCAACUACGUCUUCGCAGGCAUGGAAUAUUUUGAAGAAGGAAUUUCAAGGUUCAGCUAAAGUGAUUACGACAAAAUUGCAGACUUACCGUCGUGACUUUGAAACUCUUUCUAUGAAAAGUAAUGAAUCUGUUCAAACUUAUUUGUCUAGAGUUUCUUCUCUUGUUAAUCAAAUGAAGUCUUAUGGUGAAGAUAUAUCUGAAGAAACUAUUGUUGCAAAAGUUUUAAGGAGUCUUACUCCAAAGUUUGAACAUAUUGUUGCUACGAUUGAGGAAUCUCAUGACUUAUCUGAUUAUUCGUUUGAUGAGCUAAUGAGUUCUUUACAAACUCAUGAAGAAAGUCUCCUAAGGUUACAUGAAAAAAAUGAAGAAAAGGCAUUUCAGGUGAAGGGGGAGUCCAUUCAUCAGAAAGAUAAGCUAGAAAGUUUUUCUAAUCGUGGUCGUGACAGUGGUGGUUUCCGUGGAAGAGGUCAUAGAAGAGGCCAAGGAAGAGGUCGAGAUAGAGGAGGAUCAAAUGAAGAGAAGAAAACUAGGACAUUUCUGUGCAACUAUUGCAGAAAACCAGGUCAUAAGGAAGCUUAUUGUUGGCAAAAGCAGAAGGAUGAGAAUAACCAAGCAAGUUUUGCAGAGAAAUAUGAUCAUGAAAAAGUUUCAAUGGUUGAGAAGUGUCUUAUGGUCGCUUGUGGAGAUAAUGAAACUAGAUUGUGGCAUUUGCGUUAUGGGCAUUUAAAUGUUAACGGGCUGAAGUUAUUAAGCCAAAAGGAAAUGAUUUUUGGAUUGCCAAAAGUUGAGAAUCUUGAUUUUUGUGAAAGUUGUGUUUAUGGAAAACAAAGUAAAAAGGUUUUUCCCGUAGGCAAGUCUUGGAGAGCUUCUGUUUGUCUUGAUCGUAUGAGUUGGAUAUAUUUCUUGAAAUUUAAAUCUGAAACAUUUGAGAAUUUCAAGAAAUUUAAAUCUUUUGUUGAGAGGCAAAGUGGAUGUAGAAUCAAGACUCUUCGAACAAAUAGAGGUGGUGAGUUUAUGUCAAAUGAAUUCAUCUCCUUCUGUGAGGAAAAUGGAAUACACAGGGAGCUCACAACACCUUAUACACCGGAGCAAAAUGGUGUAGCCGAACGAAAGAACCGCACAGUUGUCGAGAUGGGCAGAAGCAUGAUGCAUUCUAGAGGUGUACCAAAGUGUUUUUGGGCUGAAGCUGUUGCCACGCAUAGUUGA